GGGAGCGCGCGGGUCGAGAGGAGUUGAGUGGAGAAUGGUCAGACUGUGAACUCUUCUCCGCUACGCCACUGUCGCCACACUCGGUAACAUUCAGUGUGCUGCAGGACGUUGUGUGGGUUGCAUGUGCGUGUUCUCCCUCUCUCCACCCCCUGUCACGACUUCUGCCAUUCCUGCUGCCCGUUGAAGUUCCGUGCACCAUGACCAAAAUUGUGGAAUGUGUGCCAAACUUCUCCGAGGGAAGGGACAAAGCGGUGAUCGAGGCCAUAGCAGGUGCGGUACGGGCGUGUCAUGGCGUCAAGCUGUUGGAUGUGGACCCAGGCGCCUCUACUAACCGAACCGUGUACACCUUUGUGGGCGGCCCAGAUGAAGUGGUGGAGGCCGCCCUUGCCGCUGCCAGGGUCGCCUUCGCCAGGAUUGACAUGACUAAGCAUAAAGGCUCCCACCCUCGCAUGGGCGCCUUGGACGUGUGCCCCUUCAUCCCCGUGCGUGGCGUGACUCAGAAGGAGUGUGUGGCCAUCUCUGCUACCUUCGGCCGGCGCCUCGCUAAGGAGUUGGGCGUUCCUGUCUAUUUGUACGGCGCCGCUGCCACUAAAGACUUCCGCACAACACUGCCGCAGAUCAGGGCCGGGGAGUACGAGGGCCUUAAGGAUAAGUUGAUACAGCCCAAGUGGGAGCCAGAUUUCGGGAGCCGUGAGUUCGUGCCUCGCUGGGGCGCCACCGUCACGGGCGUCAGGAAGUUCUUGAUCGCUUACAACGUCAAUCUUCUGUCCACCAAGGAACAGGCACACAGGAUCGCGCUCAACCUCCGGGAACAGGGUCGCGGCCCCACCCAGACCGGCCGCCUCAGAUGCUGCCAGGCCAUUGGUUGGUAUCUGGAGGAGCAACGCUUGGCCCAGAUCAGCAUCAACCUCACAGACUACGACGUGACACCCAUGCAUGUGGCCUUCGAGGAGGCAAAGAAAGACGCCGCGGAGCUCAAGAUUGGAGUGAUGGGUUCAGAGGUGGUAGGUCUCGUCCCCCUCGCGGCUCUCCUGCAGGCGGCGGAGUACUAUAUAGCCAAGGAGGAGCUGUUUAUACUGGAGGAGGAGCAGAAGGUGCAGCUUGCCAUCAACCGCCUCGGACUCAGCACUCUGUCUCCCUUCAACCCAAAGGAGCGCAUCAUCGAGUACUGUGUGGGCGCGGGGCAAGGCGUGGGGAAGCUGGGGCGUGGCAGUGUGGAGGAGUUCGUGAGGGGCGUGGCGGCAAGGACUCCAGCACCAGGAGGCGGCUCUGUGGCAGCUACUGUGGCGGCCAUGGGCGCGGCGUUAGGCACCAUGGUGGGCCAGAUGACCUUCGGCAAGCGGCAGUGGGAGGCUCUGGAUGCCACUAUGCGCCGCCUCAUCCCGCCCCUCCAUCAGGCUGCAGUCUCCCUCCUGCCGGCCAUCGACGCUGACACCGCUGCCUUCAACGCCUACAUGGACGCUGUAAGGCUUCCACAGGGAACGGAGGAGGAGAAGGGUGUGAGGGAGAGAGCGGUGAAGACAGCCACGGAGAAGACCAUCCAGGUGCCUCUCUCCCUCCUGAAAGUGAUUGACCAGACCUGGGAGCCUCUGGUGGAGAUGGCGACCGUGGGCAACAUGAACUGCAGGUCCGACUUACAGGUCGGGGCGCGGUGUCUGGAGGCUGGGGCGUGGGGUGCCUACUACAACGUGCUGGUGAACCUGGACAACCUGCUGGAGGGGCCUGAACGCAACUCCUACUUAACACAGGCCGAAGAUUUCCUGCAGAAGGCGCGGCGAGGAUGCGAGGCCGUUCUGAGCGAGGUGGAAAAGCGGGUGGAAUAGCAGGAGGCCGAGGGGGGGAGGAGGAGCAGGGGGAGUGGAGAGAGGAAUGGAGGAAAUGGAGGAAGGAGAGGAGAGAAUGUUUCGCGAAAAAGAGAAAGCGGAGGGAGGAGUAAGGAUAACGGAAGCAGGAGAGAAGGAAGUGAAAGAAGAGACAGAAGGAAGAACUCCAGCCAGCCUCCUCCAGGAAGAACCAGCAGACGACGGUAGUGUGUGUGUGUGUGUGUGUGUGUGUGUGUGUGUGUGUGUGUGUGUGUGUGUGUGUGUGUGUGUGUGUGAUUUGGAAACCGUCCUCUCCAUGCGUGCCUUCUCCAUGCCCCUCUCCUUUUAUCUCCCUCCCUCCUCUCCUCCUCCUCUCCUCCUCCUCCUCCUCCUCCCUCCUUUGUAAUCUCAAGUGUAGCAAGUCAGGUACUAACAAAGCGUAUAUGCAUUUUAUACCAAGUGUUAUGAAGUGUGUGGCAAUGAUCCAGCCACCUGAAGACGCUGGAACACAAGACGACUGAUGCUGUUCCUCGCUGAUUGGUCUAUAAAUCCUCAUCUCGUGUUCAAAAAGCACGUCAAAUUCGCUUCAUUCCUAACAGAAGCAUUACUUAAUUCUAAUAUGCCAGAUUAUUUGUGUAGGGUUAAUCCGGUGAUCUUAUCAAGGGUUUUGGUGGAAAUACGUUAAUUUGCACCAUGUUUCGUAGUAAGGCAGGAAGAGUUAGCCAGUACUCUCAUUUAUUCAUACCUUUCCCUGGUAAACUCUGGAACUCCCUGCCUGCCUGCCUUCCAUCUUCCUGCUACUUGACUUCUUUUAAGAGGGAAGUUUCAAGACAUUUGUCCCUGACUUUUGGUUAACUCUACUAAUCUUUUAAGGUAACUGGCAAUCAAGUAGGCCUCUUUUUUUUUUUUUUUUUUUGUUGUCCUUGGCCAGUUUCCCCUCUUACAUAAAAAAUAAAAAACACAUGUACGUAGAUCAACCAGCGAGAAAGAUCAACAGCCGCCACUAGUGAUAUCAAGUUCUCGUGUUCUCAGGCGGCCACAUUAUUUCAAAACACUGACAGACUACAAUGAAGGGGAAGCUCUAACAAUUGACCUCCUGGCUAGCGAACACCUCUACCUAUUAAACCUAUCCCUGAAAUGUCCUAGUAAGUUAAGAUACAGCCACUAAACUUCCACCUUUAGUAGAGCCGCUAAAAGAAGUACCAUGACGAAGUACAGUGGAUUUCAUUGAAAAUAAGUGGAUAUAGGAAUACGUGGAUUAAUAAACAAAGUAAGAGCUUAAAGACCAAAAAGUGAGAAUGUGACAGAUGGAGGAAAGUGUCUAAUACCAGAAAGUCUUACCUUAGCCACUUCAACAGGAUCCAAUAGACAUUACAGAAGGUUCCAAGAGUGCUUUCAUAGUAUAGGAUUAAUAAGCAAAGUAAGAAAUUAAAGACCAAGGAAUGAGAAUGUGACAGAUGGAGGAAAGUGUCUAAUACCAGAAAGUCUUACCUCAGCCACUUCAACAGGAUCCAAUAGACAUUACAGAAGGUUCCAAGAGUGCUUUCAUAGUAUAGAAAUUAACACGUGGAUUAAUUAGCAAAAUAAGAGAUUAGAGACGAAGGAGAGAGGAUGUGACAGGUGGAGGAGUGUGUCUAUUACCAGAAAGUCUUGCCUCAGCCACUUCAGCAGGAUCCAAUAGACAUUAUAGAAGGUUCCAAGAGUGCUUUCAUGAUUCCAGUAAUAGAUUAACAAUUAUCCUGUACUUGUGAUAGGGAAAGCUCUCUUGAGAACCUAUCUAUACAUCUGUGACCUUUGUAAAUUUGUUCUGGUGAGUUCAAAGCGUUUCAAAAUACAAAGCAAAUUAUUUUUUUAUUGGAACGUUUUGUGAAAUAUGAUUGAACUUAUUUGGGCAACUGCACACUCACUCUCGCCUGUUCACGACACACCAUUCAGGAAAGCGCUAUAGUAAAAAGGUCAAAAGCAACACCAGAAUGAAUAUAUGCAGAUUUGUUAUGCAUUCAAAUUGAUGUUUAAAUAGACUCUGAUGCAGUAAUACAUAAAGUGAUUCCAAGCAUUAUAUCAGAGCCAUAAAAGCCAGAUUCUCUCUCUCUCUCUCUCUCUCUCUCUCUCUCUCUCUCUCUCUCUCUAUGCCUCAGCUUGCGUAUAUAGAAGAGAGAAAGAGAGAUAGUCUGUGUUGAACUAUAAAGAUAACACUGAUAUGACUUUCUCUCUCUCUCUCUCUCUCUCUCUCUCUCUCUCUCUCUCUCAGACAUAAUUAGAAUUUGCUCAAUUAAUCAUAAGUAUAAUGAACGAGUAAAAAGACCUUCGCUUUCUUUCCAUCUGUCUUCAAACAAAUGAUUAGAAUAGUUAUUACCAAAAUGUUUCGUUCACGCCUUAAUGUUCUUCCGCUAUUUUAGGAUCUUUUCAGUUGGAUUCGUAUGGUAUUAAUGUUAUUCAUCCUUCUCAUUACAAUAGUACGAUGUAUUUUUCAUGUGAGCUUAUGAUACAUUGCUAUUUUUUCUCAUAUUGUGACGUAUGAUCGAAAGAAAAGAGAAAUAAGAACUCACGGUGAUGGAUCUAUAGUGUUUAUUGUCUAGAUCAACUUCAAUAGUCGGUGUGGGAUUGAAAACCUUUUGUAUCGGCUCCCACUUUAAUAAUAUUUCUUGUUCUUUCUUGUGUUCAUCAUAUUGUGACGUAAGAUCGAAAGAAAAGAGAAACGCAAGAACUCACGGGGAUGAAUCUGUAGUAGGAUCAACUCCAAUACUCGGCGUGGGAUUGAAAACCUUGUAUCGGCUCCCAAUUCUUUAAUAUCUCUUGAUCUUCUUACUUGUGUUCGUCUAUUCUUGGUUUACUUUCAUUUUUUUUCCAAAUUUUGAUCAUAUAUUCCUUUCUUUUUUUCAAUUUCAUCAAUAGAUUCGAUAUACUGAGGCUACGACCCCGCCAUCUUGCCUCACCCACUAACGUUUCUCUAUUUUGUAACGCUAGACUCAAACUUUAGAACGGACUCAGUAAUCAGAGUAGUAAUCAGUAUAGUGCAGAGUCAACAGAGGGCUUUAGGGAGAGUAGCUGACUAGGGAUGAUAGUUGGGUAAUGACUAGUUCUCAUCCAUGGAGGUGCUGAAGCCAUAACUACGCCAUGUUGCCACACUAACCAAGCUUCUCGUUAACCAGUAGCGCUUCGUGAGGGUUGUGGUAGCUAUAGUCUGCUGGCUUGGUGGUCAGUUUCUUGCUGGCAGUGUAUGGACCAAGGUUCGAUAUCUCUAAUGAGGGAGCUGACUUGACUAAUGAAUGUGCGUUUGUCUCUCUCUCUCUCUCUCUCUCUCUCUCUCUCUCUCUCUCUCUCUCUCUCUCUCUCUCUCUCUCUCUCGUAACCACAUCAACGAAAGCUGCCCACUAACUCACGCGUUUCAAGACAUGCUUCCAGAUUUUGUACCAGAAUAUAUAUUUUUUUGGGAAUAAACUUGCUACAGCUU